AUGUACUCCAAAACGGGAGUCGUCACUCAGUUAACAGACCUAAGAUCUCAGGCUCAUCGAGUCAUACUUGACUGGGUUAGUUGCUUCCAAUUUACUGUCGACUCUGGCACGUUCCUAAAAGUCGCCUACGUAUUGCCCGUAUCAUAUGCGCAGACGUUGGGCUCAGAGGCCAUUUACGAAUCUGUUUACAUGGAACUUCGUCAAGGUGAACAAUCAGAGGGACUAACUCAAUUUAUUAUCCCGACUGGCUGGAUAAGGGUCUGCAUGUAUACUGAUCGUGACCUCGUUACAAGGCCUGUAUUACAGAAGGUUGCAGAGGCUGAGACAGAAGGAUCCCUUUUCCGAUCAGAUGGUCCUUCGUUUGACGGCGCUUCGUUUGAAGACAGCGACUUCUUAUCCGCAUUCAACGAUUGGAUCGACACCUCCUCAGUUCCUGCCGUAGGUGGCACUACAUCUCCAGUCUCUUCUGGGGUGGAGCUACUUUCCCAAGUUCCUGAUGACGAAGGUGUCCCGUCGUCAAAUGGUCCAGGUUCCAUGUUCACCACAUUCCUUCUGACACCACUUUUCAACGUCACUGCUAGCGGUCAAAGUUUGCCUGGAGCCUCAAGCUUGCAGCGUUAUGUGUUAUGCACCCCAGCCGAUUUUAAGGCUGGGAUCAUUUAUGAUUGCGACUUCCUCGCGGCUCACUUUCCUUUUGCACAUGUAUGCAUACAGGAUGCCAAGGCUCUGGCUAAGAAUUAUCUCACCAUUUGCGGCAUGGACAUGGAUUCAUUCGCCGCGUAUUGCACUCAGGCUAUCGAAGAAAUGUUGACCGUGGCAAACAGUGCCGGUCAACCAGCGGAGUCAGGUUUUCGAUGCUGCAUAACCCAAAAGACCAAAGAUUUAAAUCUAUACAGUCGGGACGCAAUCAAAAUAGUAUCCUCGGAGUACGACAGAUUCAAGAAGGCCUUGAAGGACAACUCGCACCCUCUCGUCAACUGCAAGAAAAAACUUCGAUUGGAUGGUUUUGCCUUGAAUACCAAGCGUCCCCAUGAGAUCAUUCCCUACAUCACUAGCAUCACUGGCUUAACAGCUUGGAACGGCACCAAUCUAUAUCGACGCAAGACAAUUCUAAUCUUACUGGCAUAUCGGAUCUUGAAGGUGGUUCAUCAGCACAAAUCCAACCGGUCCCUGCUGGAACUAUUCCCUCAUCAGUAUGAAAGCCUUCCGGAGCACUCUAUCGCACUAGUGUGCGCCAUGUACGUGAUACGGUUCAGGCGGGUAUUUCCUGGACACGAAAUUCACAAAAUAUCUUCUCCCAUUUUGGAAAGGGAGGCAUGCCACCAGUUGGUUCUCCUCAGGAGGGCCCGUGAGGGCACCAGUGAUGCAGCUGUUGCACUGAAUCGGUGGAUCAAUACGCGUCAUGGAGACGGUGGCUGGGAACAGGACCUGUUGAGUGAAUUUUAUCAAGUUUUUCAGCUGACUCACUGGUCCCGUAAUUUCCUCGAGUGCACCAAUUACUUUCCUAACCUUAUCGUACGCCACAUCACUUUGAAUAUUGUCCCGCGCUCGUUGAAUGGAAUCCGUAAUUUCGUUGUUGAAGUCACCGUCAAGGUGGCAUCUGACGAGACCACCACGCGGAAAGAGAAGACCAUGUCUUUGAGAAAGAACACCUACAGCGACGUCUUGAGUAACUUGAGACUUGUUGUCAUCGAGCGAAUGAUGAAGCCAGAGGAGGUACUAAUUGUCGAAAAUGACGAGGGUGAAAUCAUUCGUGAAUUCAUGAAGGAAUUGGGUAUGAUUGUCCUCUAUAAGUAG